AGGCGAGUCACGUGAUUUGCUCCCAAGCGGAGUUUCCACGACAGCUGGAAGCCGAAACGGCAAAGGGCGCAUCGCUUCUUCUCAAAAGAAUCCGGACGAGUGGAAAAAACAGACCUCUGCUCGUCUUGGCAACCCCUUCCAGAGACACCCUGGUCUGGCAUGGGCGACAAGAGGAGUCCCACAAGGCCGAAGCGUCAACCCAAGCCCUCCUCCGACGAGGGGUUUUGGGACUGCAGCGUGUGCACGUACAAGAACACGGCGGAGGCUUUUAAGUGCAUGAUGUGUGAUGUCAGGAAAGGGACAUCAACAAGGAAGCCACGCCCAGUCUCCCAGCUCGUCUCGCAGCAGCAGGCCACUCAGCAGUUCGUGUUACCCUCGCAGCCCAAGAAGGAGAAGAAGGAGCGCGUCGAGCGGGAGAAGAGCGACAAGGAGCCGGCGCUCAAGAAAAACACUCACAAAAGGAUGAGGCCCAGGUUAAAAAACAUUGAUCGUAGCAGCGCCCAGCAUCUGGAGGUGACGGUGGGCGACCUGACAGUCAUCAUUACAGACUUUAAGGAGAAGGCCCGGCCGUCGUCGACCUCGGCCUCCUCCUCAAGCGCCGCCUCAUCGGCCGCCGACCACCACAGCCAGAACGGCUCCAGCUCGGAAACCACAGAGAAGGGGCUCUCGUGCUCAUCGUCGCCCCUGAGAGAGGGCGGCUCGCUUAACGGGGAGUCCCACUGAGACCACCCGCCCCAUCUUUCCAUUCCAUCCCGGCCCGGCUGGUUUUCUUGAAUGGAUAAUUGCUUUUCAGCCUUUUUCAAGCAGAGACGCAUCUGAUUCAAGUCGGAUCAGUCACCACCAUGAUUUAGGAAACAUUACACAACUAUCCACUGACAGGAAACUUUUCAUUUGGAUCAUUUCGCCACACUUGAGAGAAUCCCACACAUUUAUGCAAAGCUUCCUCACAGACAGCUCUUUUUUUUUUUUGUGAUGACAUGCUCAGACAAGCUUUGGACAGUGUGAUGUACUCUGGGAAUACAUUAGCUUAUUAGCUUAGCCUGCAACCUCAAACACGAUUCUCUGAAACUUCUUGUGAAGUUCUGCUGUUGAAUUUUGUUGGAUUAAAACCCACAUUUAGGAAAGGUUUAGUAUAUUGUUAAGGGUCUUACCCAUGUUUUUUGUUACUGUGUGCGAGUGGUGGAGCGCAUUGGACAAACUGGAAUGAAUUCAGUUGUCUUUCUGCAAGGGGUUCAAGCGAGCCAACAUGGAGGUACUAACUCAGGAUUGAACCCGACAGAACAAAAUACACAUUUCUGCACAUCCCGGGACACGUCACAUCAGGAUUCAUGCAUGGUAAAACUGAUGACACGGCGGUCGAGGAAGGAAGAUUUUAGCCAGUCAAACUGGACGUUGGUUUUAAAAUCGCCGCCGCUGCACGACGAGACGAGGGGAUACGGUUCUGUGGACUUCAUUGUGGAUAAGGCACCAUGCAACACGGGAAAACUUGGUGGACAUUUAUUUGCAGGGCAGGCGAUGGAACGAAUUUCAAAAACUGUUUAUAUUUCGUCAUUUUCAUGUAGCCAACUUGGGGAGCUUUAGAUGGUCUAAACUUCCAGCCGAGCAAUUAAUAGUUAUUGUAACUACACAAUCUACAAAUCUAUAGAUUCUCACAGAUUAAUGAAUAUUUACAACAUGUUGUACAAUAUGUUUUCAUGUGGCUGUAUUGUCCAUCAUAUCAAUGUUAUUGCCAUGUUGGUUUUUUUCUUCAUUUUAUGCAGUGAUUCAAAAUGUCACAGCAUGAUCAAAGGUGUUAUAAUGUGGGACAAGUUACGUUUGUGUGGUUUAGACUCACUGCAGGGGUGUCAAACUCAUUUUUGUCGCAGGCCGCAUCAAAGUCAUAGUUUCCUUCGGAGGGCUGUUAUGACCCACAUAAAUGAACGCCUCAUAUUAUAUAGGCUACAGAACUGUUCUGAAAAAAAAAUAUGAAUGGUCAUAAAAAUUGCUAGCAAUAGCUCUAUUUUUUAAAAGUGAAGACAAUUUGCAAUUUUAGUAUUUACAAAUGAAUAUGAUGCCCAAUUUGUUUUUGUGGGCCACAUCACAGGAUGUGGCGGGCCAUAUCAGGCCCCCCGGGCCUUGAGUUUGACACCUGUGCUUUAGAGAUAAGGUUCACAACACUAGCUGGGACUACGUGCUUGGGCCUGUCGGAAUUGCUUAGAAAUGUGUUACAUGUUUGUGGCAACAAUGGAAUAAUUUUCUUUGUUUUUAUUUUGUUUUAUUUGUUGAUACAUUUCCUUAUGGUCUGCUCAGUUGUUAUGAAAUGUGUGUUUAUGACAAGUCUAUAUUAGAGCGCUGCAAAAUGCAAACAAAACACUACGAUAUGCAGUUUUGCAUUCGAUUUCUUCUAUUAAACUGCCUUUAGUACAUGCCAAA